AUGGUGUUGAACCUGAUCACGCGAGAUUUGAGCAAACCGAAGGCGCGGCGCGUCGCUCCCAGUCUCUUAAAGCCGUCGCUGCCGGAGGAGAAGGUGGACGGCGAUGAGCGCAUCGCGCGGCAGGCGUCGCCGAUAUCGAUCACGGAGGACGACUUCACCAUCGGCGACCUCGUGGGCGAGUCGAUGGCCGAGGGCUUGCGCGCGGUGACGCCGUCGCCCGAGAUCCUCCGCGAAUCGACGGCCCCGGGGCUCGCCGCCGCGGGGUCGCCGCCGUCGCCCGAGAUCCUCCGCGACUACUUCUCGCGCCUCGGCGCGGCGCCCGAGCCUCCCGCGACGGCGACGCCGUCGCCCCCCGUCGGCCUCGCGGCCGGACCCGACGCCGAGUGGCUCCUCAACGCCACGGCCCUCCGCGACAAGGGCACGCUCCGCGACGAGGUCGCGGCGAACGUGGCGAGGAGGAACUCGUGCCCCGACCUCGUCGAGCGCGCGACGGGCCGGUCCGACCGCCGGAGCCCGGACAUGAGCCUCGUCGCGGGCGUGUCGGACCGCUUCGGCUUCCGGAGCGUCGCCGACAUGAAGCUCGUCGCGCUCGUCCGCUCGGAGUCGAACUCGAGCCUCGCCGACAUGGCGUCCAAGUCGCCGGACCUCUCGCCGCGGCGCGCGCUCCUCCGCGCGGCGUCGUCGCCGAGCUUCUCCCGGUCCGCGCGGAGCUACGAGGCCGUCGAUGACCCGGACGCGGCGAGCGACGACGGCGACCGGUUUCUGAAGGAAAUGACAUCCAUGCCACUCGCCAAGGUCGUGCAGGUCGUGCUGCUGUCGCGCGUCGGCCGGCUCCGCGCGAUCGUCGGCGGCCUCCGCGCGCUCGUCGCGGGCGACGGCGCGUUGGACGCGCUGCUGUCGGCCUCGCUGCUCCUCGCGGCCCGCGACCUCGCGCUCAUCAACGUCGUCGCAUCCAUGACACUCCGCAUCAUACUCGUCGUCGCGGCGCUGGCCCGGGCCGUCGACCCCUGGACCGUGCUGCGCGGCUUUCCGCCGCUGCGCCACGUCGAGGACGAGAAGCCGUGGCUGCCCAAGGUGACGCUGCGCGGGCUGCGGGCAGCCUUCUCCGGCGGCGACGCGAGGCUGCAGGCGUUCAUGCGCCAGCUGGAAGCCGGCGCGCCGGUCACGGUCGUCGCCGUCGGCGGAUCGGUGACGGCCGGGGUCAUGUGCACGGAGGGCGAGCGCGCUUUGCAGGCGUGCUGCUGGUCGCGGCGCGUCUUCGACUGGAUCUCCGAAGCCGCGAACGGCACGGCGACCUACCGCAACGUCGCGCGCGCGGGCACGACGUCGACGGGGUUCCUGCCCGCGGCGGCGCACGUCGUGCGCCAGGCGCUCGCGGACGCGGCGUCGACGGAAGGCGAGCGCGUGCUCCUCUUCGUCGACUUCAGCGUCAACGACUCCUUCGAGUACGGCAAGUACCACGAGGACCACCACGGCUACGCGCGGCUCAAGGGCACGGGCCUCGUCGCGGAGCGGCUCGUCCAGGAGAUCCUCGCCGCCGCGCCGCGCGUCGCCGUCGUGCCGCUCGUCAUGCCCUGCCCCGCGUGCGAAACGACGGCGUCGACGUACGGCAAGGUCUAUGCCCAUUAUGCGUUACCGGCCGUCGAUCUGACGCGCGUGCCCGGCAACUGGUGGCCGGCCUGCAAGCAGCACCGCUGCCGCAUGACCGCCGAAUCGGCGCACCCGACGCGGGCGUCGGCGUGGGAGUUCCACCAGCUCUUCGCCGAGGUCGUCGUCUGGGCGCUCGCGACGGCCGCGCGCGAGGCCGCGCCGCGCCGCGCCGCGGCGCCGGGACCGUACCACAAGCCCGCGGACCUCGCCAAGUUCGCGACGUGCGGCAACGGGACCUACCACUCGGCCUUCGGCGCCUACCGCGGCCCCUGCGACCGCGCGCCGGGCGUCGCGGCCGCGGCGGGCUGCGUCGUCGCGGAGGACCGGCCGGGCAAGCCGGCCUACGUGCUGCGCGGCGCGGGCGCGCACGUCGCGUUCGCGCUGGACUUCCUCGCGGAGUCGCCGGCGCUGAGCGUGUCCUACGUGCGGUCCUACGAGAACGUCGGAACAGCGACGCUGUCGCUCAACGGCGCCCACUACGACCUCGAGGGCCUGCGGACGGACUCGCGGACGACGCAGACGCACUCCGAAUUCUUCAACGUCGCGCUGCCCAAGUCGCUGGACCAGACGACGUCGACGUCCGUCGCCGAGGCGAAGAGGAUGGGGCGGCCCCUCGGCGACGCGGGCGCCAAGGGCUUCGGCGUGCGCGCCGGGACGCGGCAUCUGCCGCUGACGAUCCGCCUCGCGGCCGGCGCGCCGAACAGUGGCGCCAUGCCCGGCCUCAGCCUGCUGCUCGAGCAGCGCGCGGCGCGCAUCAAGCGCCUCGAGUCCCAGCCCAAGCCCAUCCCGCUCAAGGAGCACCGCGACUACGGCAAGUACUUCACGUGGCUCAAGGAGGGCAAGUUCAGCAAGGGCGAGAUCUCGACGCAGCUGCUCCACGCGGGCCUCGACGCCAAGGUCCUGGAGCAGGACCCGGAGAAGCCGUUGGGCUGGAAGGCGGGCGACGAGGUGUCCAAACGGCCGAAGUCCGCGCCCGCGCCCGUGACGUCGCGGAGCAAGCCGGGCCUCCAGGCCGUCUUCUCCAUGUUCGACCAGGGCUCCGGGUCCAUGGACACGCGGCGCCUCGGCGCCUGCCUCCACAAGCUCGGCAUCAAGUACGACCGGACGCUCCUCGACGAGGCGACGGCCGCGUUCGACGCGGACAAGUCCGGGAAGAUCGAGUUCGACGAGUUCGUCGAGAUGUUCGCGACGCUGCGGGCGAGCGACGAGCUGCGUUUAGGCGAGAUCGGCGCCAAGGUGCUGCCCCUCGACGACAGCGAGGCGUCCGACGCGAAGGCCGCGUUCGACAAGAUCGACGCCGACGGCUCGGGCGCCAUCCAGGGCAGGACAAGGGUGAUUCAACAUAGCUUCAACGUGAGCGCCAUCGACGAGGGGGAGGUCGAGGCGCUCUUCAAGGACGUCGGCCUGUCCGCCACGAAGAAGGAGAUCGCGUCGCUGAUCCAGUUCCUGGACACGGACAAGUCGGGCGAGAUCGAGUUCAACGAGUUCACGCGGCUCAUGGAGAUGGCCAAGGGCCGCCAGACCGAGGCCGGCGCGCCGCUGAACGCGGUGGCCGCGCUGGCGGAUUUGUUCGAGGAGCGGCGCAAGGCCGACAAGGUCAAGCAGGUCGCCAUCUCCGCGGCGCUGGCGGCGCUGCACCGCGGCGCGACGACGAUCAAGGACAUCGCGAUGCUCGCGGAGUCGACGGUCCGCGUGUUGGUCGGCCAGCAGACGUCGGACGCGGUGACAAGGAUCUUGAAGGAGGCGGGCGAGGGCGCCCUCGAGGCCGCGCUCGCCCUCGCGCGCACGGAGUUGAUGUUGGCCUGCGAGACGGGCGACCUCGACGUGGUGAAGAAGGCGCUCGCGAAGGGCGCGCCGCCGGACACGAGGCAGCGCGACUGCGACGGCACGUUCGCGGCCCCGGAGCCGACGAGUUUGAUGGCGUCGCCGCGCGACCCGUCCCUGGACGAGGAGCCCAAGCACGGCGCGGGCCGGACCGUGCUCCUCGUGGCGCUGGAGAACGGCCACGCGAAGAUCGCCUACGAGCUCAUCGCGGCGGGCGCGACGCACGACCUCGCGGACGACACGGACGGCCUCACGCCGCUCAUGAUGGCGCCCAAGGCGCUGAGCGUGGUCAAGCACGCGAAGCUCGUGGACUGCCUCUUCGGCUGCGGCCCCGCGGCGAAGCCGGACAUGAAAAAGGCGGACGUCGCCGCGACGCUCGAGGCGACGGGCUGGACCGCGGCGUCGUACGCGGCCGCGUUCGGCCGCGACGCGUACCUGCGGCGGCUGGUCAAGGAGGGCUGCCCGCCGAACGCGAGCCGGCCGGGCACGGCGAGCCCCCUCAUCCUCGCGGCGAAGAACGACCACCUCCGCUGCGUCGAGUUCCUCUGCAACGACCCGGACCUCAUGGGCGUGACGCAGCUCGACGCCAAGGACGAGCAGGCGAAGACGGCCGUGGCCUGGGCCCAGGCGGGGGACCACAAGCCCGUCAUCGAGGUCAUCAACAAGGCGCGCGCGCGCGCGGCGAACCCGGAGGCCUUCCAGAAGGACAACCGGCGCAAGUCGUCCGUCGGCCGCGGCGACCUCGCCAACUCCGCGUCGGCGGGCGCGCUCGGCGCCAAGAGCAAGAGCGGCCGGCGCCGCUCCUUCUCGGGCUCCCCAAUUGCAAUUGUGGGCGCGACGAUGGUGGCGCGAUGGAUGCUCGUCGCGCUGUCGUGCGCCGCGCCGGCGGCGUCCGACGACUUCCGGUCGGCGCCGCUGCCCGUGGCCUUCGACGAGCGCCUCGACGUGCUGCUCGAGGAGCGCGGCGUCUACGGCGAGGUGCACCGCAUCGAGACCGAGGCGGCCUACGUCUACGAGAAGCUCGGCGCGCGCUACGGCAAGCGGCUCCAGCUGCCGCGGUCGCCCGAGGCGCUCGUCAACGCCUGGCCCGCGCUCUUCGGCGAGCCCUUCGAGGAGCGCCGCGAGCACGCGGCCGUCGUCGUCGUGCUCCACUGCUUCUCCGACGCGCGGCGCGCGGCGGCGCUGCAACGCUGGCGGCACGCGCACUUGAAGCGGACGCGCCACCUCUUCGCAUCGGACCGCCUCGACGUCGGCGCCGGCUUCCUGGGCUUCCCCGACGACGACGGCAAGCAGGGCGUCGACUUCACGACGACGGGCGGCAAGUACCUCGGCGCGCACCGGCCGCUGCUGGCGCUCAUGUUCGCCAACGACACCUGGGGCGGCGCCUUCGACUGGCUCGCCCACGGCGACGACGACACGCGCUUCGAGUUGUCGCGGCUGGGCGCCUACCUCGGCGCGCGCGACGCGGCGCUGCCCCUCUUCGUCGGCAUGCCGGGCCACCGCCACUACCCGUGCAAGCCCGCCGCGGGCCCGCUGCGCGCCGCGGACCCCUUCGCCUGCUGCGUCGACGAUUCCCAGCCCUGCCGCGUCGACGUGCCGCCGAGCAAGCCCUACUUCUCCUUCGAGCUGAACCGGUCCGACACGCGGACGAUCGGGCCGGGCGUCGGCGGCGGGCCCGGCGACGGCACGGUCGUCGUGACGCCCUGCCGGCGCCGCGGCAAGCGCAAGCCCUGCUGCCCCGUGCGCCAGCGCCACGACGACAGCCCCUUCCCCUACCGCUACCACCCGACGCGGGGGCGCGUGCACUACCACAACCUCGCGAGCUGGGCCUACGGCGGCAUCGGCUACUACGUGUCCCGGGGCCUGCUCGCCGAGAUCACGCGCCACGAGUGGCAGGCCUGCGCCGACAAGCUCGUCUGCGGCAACGCGGACCAGCGCGUCUCCACGUGCCUCUUCAACCACGGCUUCCAGCUCUCCCGCGUCGCGGAGCCGCGCGCCUUCGCGAUCCACGGCGCGCCCGUGCUCGACGCGCCGCCGGGCGCCGUGCUCUUCCGGGGGGCGGGGUAA